CUCCAUUGAUUUGCAUUGGUAGACUGGAAGAAGAAUGGGUCGCACAGGUGCCAAGGUCAAGAAGGGUGGGCUGGGCAAUGCCCUCAUGCGCACGCAGAAAAAGACAUCGCCCAUCAGCACGAAAGAUGUGGCUUCCAGCGCCGGCAAACACGUGUCCGAGCGCGACGGUGGCGAUGCAUCCGUGGCGCUGGCUUCGUAUCUGGAAGGCUCCUCUCUGGUGCGGUGAUACGCAAAGUAGCAGGCUACAGCACCCCACGCGUUAACUGGGUACAUGUAUUACUAUUGCAGGACGAUUUCCUGGCCAGUGCCGUGCUAGCCAACCGAGAGUUCACAGCCGUGAAGGAGAGUAUCAUGCUUAUGGAGGAGGCAGACGCUGGUCCGCAAGUGGUCGAGUACGUUGAAUGAUUGACAGCGUGUUGAUCGGAAGGAUGCAAGUGGCUCACUAUGUGCUGCUGAGUACAGGAAGGACAAGAAUGUGAUGCCGGAGAUGACGUUUGCAGAGAUGAAGGUGCCUCGUCGCCCGAAGUGGGACAAAUCGACGACCGCCGAGGAGCUCAACCGACUGGAGAAAGAGAGCUUCCUGGAAUGGCGUCGUGAUAUCGCCAUGUGAGUGGGGGAUGCUGUGCUGAUACUGUGUAUACAGAGCUGACAUGGUACUGCUUGCUUCAGGCUGGAGGCAUCGUCCGAUCACCUGGAAGUGACCCCAUUCGAGAAGAAUUUGGAGGUGUGGCGUCAGCUGUGGCACGUCCGUGAACGAAGUGACAUCAUGGUGCAGAUCGUGGACGCUCGCAACCCGCUGUUCUACCGAUCGACUGAUCUGGAUGCGUACGCGAAGGAAGGUGAGACGCCCCGUCGUACACUUUUGAUCGUGAACAAGUCAGAUUUCCUGGAUGAUCGUCAACGGACGGCGUGGGGAGACCAUUUCAAGAAGGAAAAUAUCGACUUUGUGUUCUUUUCGGCCAAGGAGGCUCAGGACGAAAUCGAUGAGGAGGCGAAAAAGUUGCGUCAGGAACAGAGAAAUGCCGAGAGCCACGACCAGUAUGAUGAGGCUAAGCCUGCGGGUGCACCGCAGGUUGUGGAAGCAGAAGCGGUGGUUGCUAAGAAGGAGACCAGCCCGUACCCCGUUCUCUCUCGUGUCGAACUGCUGGACUUUGUGACAAAAAUCGCCACGGACGUGCUGGAUGAAGUGGGCGUGCGAGUGAAAGACAAGGGGCUGAUUAAAUUCGGAAUGAUGGGCUUUCCCAACGUCGGAAAGAGCUCCGUAAUCAAUGCGCUACUGGGUGCGUCAACGUAUUCGCACAAGACACAGCGCGUGGCUGUUGGUGCUACCCCUGGCAAGACCAAACACUUUCAGACUAUGAUCCUGUCCGACAAGAUCAUGCUGUGCGAUUGCCCCGGUCUCGUCUUCCCUAGCUUCGUCAACUCGAAGGCUGAGAUGUACUGCUGCGGUGUGCUUCCUCUCUCACAGCUACGUGACCAUGUUUCCCCGUGCCAGCUCCUGUGUCAUCGCAUUCCGAAGCGAGUGUUCGAGCGAACGUACGGAAUCAAGAUCCCUAUCUCCAAGACGGCAAAAGAAACGGAUCCUGUCGGCAUUUACGCCCUCCUGGAAUCUUACGCUCGCAACCGCGGCUACACGACGACGGGCAAGGGAGGCCCCGACACCUCACGCGCAGCACGCGACAUCUUGAGGCAUUACGUGAAUGGUCGACUGCUGUACUGUCACCCUCCGCCAGACGUCACGGACCCCACCAUCUUCGACAUCCAUGAGCUCGCUAAGGCCCAAUUCCCUGACCUUGUCGAACCAGAAACCACUGAAGACGAAGUCAACGAGGAGGCUCGUGCAUCGACGGAGCCGAAUGUGGACGAGGAAUUGGAUUUUGACACAACUGUCGAAGACAAGCGCGCGGUGAGCAAGCGAUUGAAGAAGCACGGUCGAAAGGGACGUAAGGGACGUGAUAAGAACCCGUACGAAGACUCGGACUUCCCUGGUGGUGCUGCCGGUGUUCACAUUAACUCUGGCGGCAAGAAGAAGAACCGCAGGCCGUAAAGCUGACACCAUGCAACACGGAUAGAUUUCUUUACGCAACUAGUGCUGUGAGCUUCAAUAGGUACAUGGACAAACAAAAAGAGUCCCUAAUUAAUCGGUCCAUUCAUUCGUCCA